AUGACCGCCGUAGCCACAUAUCACUCAACUCCCUCAUCAUCCCCUUCCUCCUCGGCAUAUCCCUUCCCUCCCGCUCCUCGCAUCCCAUACGAAAAUCACCCACGGCGACCCUCCAGUUCCAACUCGCACACCUCUCUGCUCGGCCCAGUCCUUGAGGACGAUACCGAUCAGUCCUGCUCUAUCCGCCCAGGGCGCAAGAUUCUGCGUCCGAGCAGCUCGGUGUCCAUGUCGAGGGGAAGUUCGGUGGAGGAUAUGGCCGAGUGGGUACUGGAUAUGAUGGCGGUCCAGGGCGGCAAGGCGAGAUGGGCAGAAAGGGAGAGGGUUGUUUUGGUUCUCGGAGACUGCUCUACGGAUCUGCUUGAACCCCUCACGUCCAACCCGGCUUUUUCGAAUACCCUCAUCCUGGCCCCUUGCAAUGCUCCGUCCUCUCCAACGCAUCCUUCCUUCGAGGUCCUGGCGUCCGAGGACUUGCAAGACGCCGUCAACGAAGCCACUUCCUUGUCCGCGGCAUAUCGGAAAAAGAACAAGAAGAAGUAUCGGUCGGCCCACGCUUCCGCCUCGGCAUCCCCCUUCGACGCUAUUCUGCACUUCCUGCCCUCCCCACUCUACUUCGACCCCACCAUGGCCCUGCAGCGAAUGCUACGGGAAGCCAUCAUGGCUACCACGGUCGCCCUCGCCUCACUGGCAUCAUUCAGGCACAAUACCCAGCCGAGCAAGGGCAAAUCGGCGCCCGCACAUGAUAUGCCCAUCCCGCUCAUCCAUAUCAUCCCCUCCGGCUCACCUAGCGCCCUUCCCGUCGUUGUUGAGCGAUACCUCCUCCAACUUCUGCCUUCCCUCUCCGGCUCGGCCUCCUCACGCACCAUCCGGCCCCUCGUCCUCUCCUCUUCCGCAUGGAGUACCCGCAGUAUCCCCUUCUCUCCCUCCGCACCAGCGAUCGACGCCCUCCUCUUCGGCGGCCUCGAUCCCGCCUCCACCCCUAAAGUGGCUUUGGCAUCAUGGGACCGCGUCCUCCCUACCUCGGCAGCGUCAUCCCCAACAGCUCCGAGCUGGGACUCUGCGCUGGACGUCAACACGGACAGGCGCGACUCCUCCACGUCUACUUCGACCCUCGGAUCCUCAUCAUCGCUCCACGGACCUAUCACCCCGCAGAAUGCCUCGUACGCGGACAUGAGCGAGACUAUCCGUCGGAGUUCGCAGCAUAUGCCGUCCAGGCUGAGUUAUGUCGAGACGUUUGAGGAUGAGGGAACGCAGGGAGAACAGGCUGGGGGUGGAACGAUAGGGAAGAAGGGAGGCAAGGGCGUGUUUGGGUGGAUGAAGCGGAAGGCGUAG